UACCAAACGUUACUGUUCUACGGUGUCGCGUUAUCGCGUACGGUCGGCCGUUCUUAUCAAGUAUCAACUUCGGAGUGAGUGAGCGAGAGAGAGAAUUUUUUUUUCGUUUAAGUAUUUUACUAGGUUAAGGCUUUGCGGAACGACAAAAAUAUUAUAAUAUUAUGCUUAUGCCUAUCACAAUUUCUCUUACCCACUGCGACGAGUGAAUAGUGAUUUGUCUCCUGCACACCACCGUCACAGUCCCGCACAGUCUUUUGAACUCUUUUCGUCAUACAAUAUCAUUUGUCGACCAUAAUCGUUAUUGACCAGUUCCGUCGGCGUCGUCACGCGUUUUAUAGAGGAAAAUACCAAUUGGUUUCUAAACGAUAUCAGACACCGCGCAGUGUUCGGGGCACCCAUAACGUGUCCGUUUUUGAAUGUUUCCCGUCGAUUUCUACAACACUAUAGUACACUAUAGUUUUCGGUCGUCCAUUGCAAUCGAAAACGUUUUGUCGUCAUUAUAAUCAUAGUAUAAAAUUGUCUUAUUAUUAUUAGGUACCUAAGCAGGUACCAGCUACCCAUUACUGCUUCGAAUUCUCACAAUCAUGUUCACUCUUGGAUUUACCAUACCUACGCAGGUAGCUGCGGCAUUUCCUCUUAGAAUCACUAUUCAAGGCCAGAAGUCUAAUUUGAAACAAAAUAAAAUUGAUGUCAAAAACAAAACCGUUGAAGAUAUAUUGCCAGACUAUGCUAAAUCGCUUUUAGAUAAUAUACCUGUUGAAAAAGUUGAUGAAUAUUUAAUGAACCGGCCCACAUAUACUGUUCAGUGUAAUGUGAAGAAACAUCAAAAUAUUUUACGUUUGUUGCAAAAAACAGUGAAUAAAAAACUUGGUCUAAAAUGUCACCAAACUGUGGAUAAUACAAACAAUCAUAUUUUAAUUGUAUCAAGUACACGUGACUCAUCUGCCAAACACUUCUUACAUCGUCCUAAACCUUAUUUUGCAGAUGUUCAAUUCAGAAGCUUUAAGACUGAACGUAUUUCUAGUAAGGAAAACGAUGAAAAAAUGAUAAAUCGUUUAAGAGAAAUGCUAUCACUUCCUAAAGGAAGUGACUUGAAAGGUACUGAUUUAUUUUCAGGCAUGGAAUCUAUUAAGUGGAAAGACCUACUUAAGAAUGAAAACAUUAACAAAGAAGAAAUAGAUAGGUUAAAAAUAUCUUUUGCGGAAGGAUAUCUUGUGGCCAAAGACCAAAAAGGAAAUACUACCAAAUCUCAAAAAUGGUGGAAAAUUGUUCAGUCUUCGCUUGUAAUUGGAUUCUUACUUAGUUCAUUGAUUUCUAUAUUUGUGAUCGUUACAGGAACUAUGUUCAAGAUACAACUCACAAAUCAGGUUGAAGUGAAUUCUGAAGAAAUUACAGUGACUUUUAAUGAUGUUAAAGGAGUUGAUGAAGCUAAACAAGAGUUGAGAGAUAUUGUGGAGUUUCUUAAACAUCCAUCAAAAUUUUCGUCUUUAGGUGGAAAGUUACCAAAAGGUGUAUUACUUGUUGGACCUCCGGGAACUGGAAAAACGUUAUUAGCUCGAGCUGUUGCCGGAGAAGCUGGAGUGCCAUUUUUCCAUGCAGCUGGUUCUGAAUUUGAUGAAAUUUUAGUUGGACAAGGCGCUAGACGAAUUCGCGAUCUUUUUAAAGCGGCAAAAGAAAAAUCGCCUUGUGUUAUAUUUAUUGAUGAAAUUGAUUCCGUUGGUGCAAAAAGAACAAAUUCUGUUUUACAUCCAUAUGCUAAUCAAACAAUAAAUCAGUUACUUACUGAAAUGGACGGGUUUCAUCAAAAUCAAAGCAUUAUUGUACUCGGAGCAACUAAUAGACGUGAGGAUUUGGAUCGAGCAUUGCUUCGUCCAGGCCGUUUUGACAUUGAAGUUGAUGUUCCUCUUCCAGACUAUGCAGGACGAAAACAAAUUUUAGACUUGUAUCUAAAGAAAAUACUUAGCAAGGACAUUGAUGUAGAUUUGUUGGCUAGAGGAACUAGUGGUUUUACUGGUGCCGAUAUUGAAAAUAUGGUUAACCAAGCAGCCGUAAAAGCUGCAAGUGAUGGAGCUACAACUGUGUCUAUGAAAUAUUUGGAAAAUUCUAGGGACAAAAUAUUGAUGGGUCCGGAAAAAAAAUCAAAGAUUCCUGAUGAGGAAGCAAAUACAAUAACUGCGUACCAUGAAGGUGGACAUGCAAUUGUUGCAUAUUUCACUAAAUAUUCUCAUCCACUUCAUAAGGUUACAAUAAUGCCAAGAGGAUCCUCGUUAGGCCAUACUGCAUAUAUACCAGCAAAAGAAGAAUACCACAUUACAAAAGCUAGAAUGUUAGCUUUAAUGGAUACAAUGAUGGGUGGUCGUGCUGCUGAAGAAUUAAUAUUUGGUCCAGAAAAAGUUACAACUGGCGCUUCAAAUGAUUUAAAACAAGCUACUAAUAUUGCAACUAGAAUGGUGAAAGAACUUGGAAUGUCUGAAAAAGUUGGACUUCGUACUCAUGAGUCUCAGUCAAAUGAAAUAAUGAGUUUUAAUGAUCUAAGUCCGGCUACAAAUGAACUCAUUGAUAAUGAAAUCAAAAGGAUUAUGCAGGAAUCUUAUGAACGUGCAAAAAGUAUAUUAAAUGUUCACCAUAAAGAACAUAAGCUUUUGGCUGAAGCAUUACUUAAGUAUGAAACAUUAGACGCAGAUGACGUUAAAGCACUUUUAAGUAAGAAGGCAUAAUGGCAUAAAUUUAUAAUUUUUGUUAUAAGGCCUUAUGUUUUUCCUAAUAAAGAAGUAAAUACAUAAAAAGAACACAGUAAAAUAAUUAUUAAGAAAGGAAGUCCUAUUCACAAUAAUGAUCAUGUUUUUUUUUUGUUUUUAUAUAAUGCCUAAGCCAUUAUUUUAAGUUGUUAUUCAGUAAAGUUUUGUAAUUAUAA